AUGCCGUCCAUCCUCAACGACGAGGACAAGGAAGUGGUCAAGCGCUUCAUCCCCAAGCAGUUUAAUAAGAUCCAGGCCGUCGCCGUUGCGAAACUAUACAUUGCCUAUCCGGACCCGACGAAAUGGACGUACACGGGCCUUCAAGGGGCCGUCGUCCUGGCCAAUGACUUGGUUGGCAACACAUACUGGCUCAAGAUGGUCGAUAUCUCGCCGACCGCCCGUGGCGUCAUCUGGGACCAGGAAAUUUUUGAGAGCUGGAGCUACAAUCAGGACCGCACCUUUUUCCACACCUUUGGGCUCGAAGACUGCCUCGCCGGCCUCAGCUUCGUCGACGAAAAGGAAGCCAGACAAUUCAAGAAGAAAAUGGACGAUCGAGAAAAGAACGCGAGUCGCGCUACAAAAUCCACGCCCUUUGGCGGAGGGGGAGGCCAGGUCAAGGAGAAGCACAGCCUACUCGGCGGCCUGUUCCACCGCCACUCCUCUGCGCCGACUCCCGAACCCCCCCGUGUGAGCAGCCUCCCGCCGCCGCCGCCCGGCCCGCAGCACUCUUCAUCGACGCUAGUCAACGGCGGCAGCUUCGGGCUGCUGCCGACGGCCUCUGAGUUUGCGCUGCUCGACGCCUUUGAUCCGCUGUGGCGCGAGCACUUUGGCAAGGACCUCAGUGACAAGGGCUUGACCGACGACUUUAUCAAGGAGAAUCAGGAGUUUAUCGUCGACUUCUUGCGCGAGGAGCAGAAAAAGAUCAAUGGAGAAGGAGGAGUCCAUGUUGCGUCACCGACGGCACCACCACCUCCGCCUGCACCUCGCACCAACGGCGGCGGUCGUGCUCCUCCACCUCCACCACCACCAGCGGCCAGCUCGGCAAAGAGAAAUGGGCCUCCUCCGCCGCCGGCGCCUCGAAGAUCGACGAGAGCGGAAACGUCAACACCCGAGCCGCGAUCGCCGUCACCGCCGGCGUCUCCUCCCGAACCCGAGCGACCCAGAUUCCGCGCGCCGCCGCCGCUAGCCGAUGCAGGCAAGUUUGCCAACGUGCCCGAGCCCGUUAAACGACGACCCGUUCCUACGACACCUACGGCACCAUCCCACGCCCCCAAUGCUGGACCGCCUCCCCCUCCACGACCUGCCAAGACGCCAUUGGAGCCCGAGUCUCCCCAGCGAGCCCAUGCCGUCCCUCCUGCUUUUAAUGGACAGCGCGUGCCAUCUGGACCACCCGCACCCGCGCUGCCGAGCCGCGGCGGUCCUCCUCCACCUCCACCUCGAAACGACUCACAUGCAGCUCCGGCACCUCCUCCUUUGCCACCGAAAGUUGCACCCGCCCUCGCACCACCACCUCUUCCUCCACUCAGCAGCCGACCGAUCCCUCCCCCGCCUUCUGCCGCUGUUCCACCUCCUCCUUCUGCCGCUGUUCCUCCUCCCCCGCCUCCUCUCCCUCCUUCUGGCGGUGUUCCUCCUCCUCCGCCGCCUCUCCCUCCUGCUGGAGCCGGUGGACCACCUCCCCCUCCACCGCUACCUCCUACCGGCGGCGGUGCUCCACCUCCGCCGCCUCCCCCUCCGAUGCCUUCGCGCGACAACGGCCCUCCCGCGCCAGCCCUGCCCAAGGCCGAGGGCGGCAGAGCAGCCAUGCUGGGCGAUAUUCAAAAAGCGGGCGGUAUCGGCGCGCUGAAAAAGGUGGACAGGAGCGCGAUUCGCGAUCGAAGCUCUGCGCAGGUCGGCGGCGACUCCGGUGGUGGUGCUGGUGGUAGCGUGGCAGCGGCAGCGGCUACCGGUGCAGGUGCGGGUGCAGGCGGUGGCAUGGCGGAUGCAUUGGCGGCGGCGCUGCAGAAGCGCAAAGACAAGGUGGCCAAGAGUGAUGAUGAAGAUGAUGAUGACGACUGGUAG